ACCAAUCAUAUCAUAUAUUACAAAAAAGUCUGGUGCUGUACGUCCCAUUGGUUGCUUGGAUAAUGUGAUAUUGCUACUGCUGCAGAGCAUCUUUGUCGGCCAUUGUUGCUUCACAUUGGGGUCACAACAAUUCUACAGUUGAUUCUAUUUAAUAUAAGAAUAUUUUUAGCAGGGUUAUGAGUAAUUCAGUGAAAGAAACUUUUGGAGUACAUUCAUCUAGACCAGAAUUAGCAUGUCCAUCAUCUUCAGUUUUGCAACAGUUAGAAGACAGAGAAUGGAAAGUCAGCUUAAAGAAGAAUUUAGAAAUUGCCUCAAGAGUUGUGUAUCUAGAAGGAAAAUGUUCGGAAUCUUUGGCCAGUGCUAACUACACUUCACCAGAAACACCGUUUUUAUUUCAGUUAGAGAAAACUAUGUUAGAUCUGUCAUCACCCUCCCUUACUGAUGGAGAAUUUUACUGCUCCUUCUUUAAGCUUGAUGAUGUUUACUACUGCAGAUUUUUUGAAAGUGGAGUUCUUCAGGGAUAUUUCUUAUCUGAGGGAAUGUCUCAGCUUAAGAAUUAUUUUGAGGAACAUCAUUUGGAUAUAACAAGACUGGUUUGGUUGCAAGUUUCCACUCAAGAUGAUAUUAAGCAGUACCACAGAAGAUACACCCUUAAGUUAGAAAGAAAAAGAAGUCAUCAUUCAUUAAGUAAUCCUGGUUCAGAUACUGGAAGACGAUACGUCAACCUUCUUGAAAGAAAUAAAACUAGUAUUCUAAAUUCACACAGAAAAUUGAUGGCAAAGGCACACACCUCAACAGAAUCUUGCCAGUUACUAGGAACAGUAGUAAAUGUUAUCAAACAUAACUCGCACAAGGAAAACAAUACUCAAAAAGCCAGAUUUAUCGAAGCUUCGGGAGUCUUUCAUCCAAUUCUCCAUACAUGGGAAAAUACAAUUCAAAACUACCGCUCUAAAGGAGUCCCUGUUGAAAAUCCAGAAUUUAAAUUUAUUUUUGAUCCACCAUCUAGCUCAAAAUACACAUUGUAUGACCAGUGCAAAAUUAUUUCCUGCUUACCAAAUGACCACUAUUGGAAUGAGGGAACCCAUGCUCAUGUUGGCUAUGGUAGAAUGCUAUCCGUCCGUGAUUCCACUGAGAAAUAUAAGCCUGCUUCUCUUCGUAAUCUGAUACUUUACCAUCACCGAGAAUCCAACUACUCUGCAAUAUUUCGAUUAGUUGACAAGUUUCGUAACCCAGAGUCUUCCCCAGCAAAUUCGCACCAGAACAUCAAUGACGACAACAUCAACAUUGGGGAAAAUAUGCAAAAUUCUAAUCUGAGACAAGUAAGACCUAAACGCAAAGCUUUGAAUGAAGAGGAUAUUUUAAGAAACCUUCGAACUGUAAAUCCUCUCUUUACAACACACAACAGGGCUUCUGACAAUUCCUUGUAUGAAAAGUAUAAAACAGCACAAAUUGAGACUGGAGGUUUAUUUUGGCGUGUACACGAGUCCGAUACCGAUGUCCUCUGUUUGAAUGACGUCAACAUGACCACUGGAUGUUUAAUGGAGUCAUCUUUUGUUCACAUGUCGAGGAGAACUGUUGGGAAUGUCAACGUAUACCAUUGCACAUGUACACUGUUUGCAACUUUAUUACAGCUCGCAACAUUAGAUGAACAGCCUGACACAGAAAUAGAUUCUAUUAACAUCAAAUGCUGCCAUAUAAGGUAUUUCAAAGAAAUUAUUGAACCCGAUUAUCCCAUCUACUUCAGCACAGAAUUUUUUACAUCACCAACAAAAUCUCAGAAAAGUAUAAUGUUAUCUUUGGCUGCUUUACAAAAACCUGUAAUUUUACUUCUGUCUUCUCUUCGAACCAAAAAAUUUUCAGUUGUCCCAAACAGUAGUCAAGAUUGUAAGUUUGUGAAUGUUUCCAGAAACCGUGUAUCAUGCCAGUCCGGUGAAUGUAGUGCCAUUUACAGUUUUUCUACUCGGAAAGUCAUAUACUUGAGCGAAACAAGUAAUGUUUGUCCUCAUCUGCAAGCAAUGAAAGACCACAAAAAUUUAUGGAUGAAUGUUAAUGAUAUCGAAGAAGACAUUGAAGAUGAAGAUGAGGAAGCAUUUAUUGAUAAUGAGGAAGAUGAGAAUGAUCUGGAGGAUACUUAUCAACCAGAAACUACUCAAACACAGAGGACAAAUUUUUUUAAUCUGGCAACAGGACUUUGGGAUUUCCCAAGUUUGAGUGAGCACAGACCCAAGGAGGAGGAUGAUCCAGCCUUACAACGAGCAAUUAAAAAAAGAUUAGCUGUAUUUGAUGGUGCCGAAGGAGUUGUUCGAGACACUAAAGGGUAUUUGACCGGAAACAAUCCACUUGUUCUCUUUCCUCCUGUACUAGAAGAUGGAUGUCUUUGUGGGGCUGGCUACUCUGAUGAUGACCAUCCAAAUGGGGUAUUGACCGAGGUGAAGUACAGGACAGUGGUGUAUUUGACUAACGGACCAGCUAGAUUUGAAGUAUUUGGUAGGAAUUGCUUGGCAGGAAAUGCAGACUGCCAAGUUCAAUAUGGUGGAUCUUCAGACAGCCUCCAUUUUCUUUCAAAGGAAACAGCUGCAGGAGAUGAGAUUGGCUGGGAUUUUGUUGAUCAUGCAUUGAACACUCAUGUCACUUUCAGUGCAUAUUGCAAAAUCAUGAGCAAAAAAUACAGGAGAAAUUUUCUUUAUUCUGCUAAAUUUAUGUCCCCUCAAACAUUCAUUGCUUGGUGGUUUUCAUGGAGUAGUAAAUUUAAGACUGAUUUCAGAAAGCCUUGUUCUAUCUGCAAAUACAACCCAAAAUUCUUAGCAUGUGAUGGCACUAAAAUUGGUAUUAGCUUUAAAAAUGCAGAUACAGAUCCAAUAGAAAAACCAACUUCAACAGAAAAAAUUGACCCAUGUCACAGAAGAAAUGAUCGUUGUUUCUUGAAUUUCAACAGCCAAGAACAACAGGAUGCCAUAAUAAGAAAAUGCAGAGAUCACCUUGCAUACACAUCAAAAAAAGCACUUGGACAAUUAAAUCAGACAUUAGAAUUUGAAGAAGAACUCAAUAGAAAUACACUCCUUAUUGAAACAGUUUCUCGUCAGUGUUCCGACAUCAUGCGCAGAUUUGUAUGUAAUGAGUAUCCGGAGUCUGUACAGAAGAAAUUAGCAGUCAUAUUCAAGUUUUUGUCAACAAAUCAUUCUUUGUCAUCCUUAAUUCCUUUUCGCUACACAGAUCUUUUGGAUUCUAUUUUGUUGGAAUUGAGAACAUCUACACAAAACCACAGAAUAAAUUUAAUAUCUGAUUUUUCUCCUGAAAUUCGUGAUACUUUAUAUGCUGCUUUACCUUAUGAACAGUCACUUUCUGAUGUUAUUUCUUUAUUUCAGUAUCUAGUCUUAAGAAUCCAAUGUAUAAGAGAAAAGAAUAAAGAGCCAGCUCCUGCAGUCCGUCAGCCAUCUUCAUACAAUCCUGAAAGAUAUGGUGCAGCUUACUACUUUACACCCAGUGGAGAGAAGCUUAGAGACAUUCCAAUUUAUACCAUGAAUGAAAGUGCACAUUCAAAGAAUUAUGAUGACCUACCUACUAGGUCUGAUGAGCAGUGUAAUAAGAUAUACCCUGAGGUCUCCAGACGUGGUACUACCUACUUAUUUCUUUGGUUUGACCCUAAGCACUAUGGUCACUGUUAUGGUUUUCAUAUCAUUCCAGGAUCUGAAGGGAGGAAAGACCCUUUCUCUUCUGCCUAUUCAUACUUAGAACAUGCUCCAGAAGAGGUCAGAAGAACCAGAGAACUAUCAAUGAAUUGUUAAAGGAUGUGGUCAAGAAGACGAAAGAAGCUGUUGUCUGUCAAGGAGAUAUUAUGUUUUUUAUUUUGACUGAGAACUUUAUUGUUGUUAUUGUCAUUAAAUGGCACAAAUGAAUUGAAGACUGCAGUUCUAUUUAUUAUUAUUUGUUCAUAUACUAUGUUGUAUAUAAGAACAUUUUUAAUUAUUAUUUUUUGAGUCUGCAAAUUUAUGUAUCAGACGCGAGACAGAGUAAUCGUACAUUCCUAUGGUCUGUAAUGAAAUCUUUUUUUAAUGGACUUCAACUUUUUCUAUAUUAACAUGUAACGGAUUAAGUAUCUUGGAGUGUCUUUAUUACCCAACAUAAGAAGUAACAUGUUGAUGAAUUUGUAUUUUAUAAUCCUAUGAAAGAUUUUGAUUUUAUGUCAAAGAAAUGUUAUAACCAGUUACCAUUGUCAGGUAUCCACUUCCAGGAAUGCGACUUGCCUAUAAUAUCAAGCUACAAAGUGUUACUAAAUAUCUAUGUUUGAGGUAUAUGCUUAAUCUAAAAUAAGGAAAUGUGGUAUGAUUGCCAAUGAGAAGUAUUCUAAGAUGGCAACCAAUUCCAAUCUAUGGAAGACAGGCCCUUUAUUUGGGACUUUUAUCACAGAUUGAUUAGGAGUUAACGUGGUUGUGAGCGUGCAACCCUUCCCCUAACAUGAGAACAGUAGACUGUGAUAUAACAACUAAACAUCAAAAUGGUAUGACUCGUUGUAUUGGCACAAAGCCCAAAAAACAACUUACAAAUGACAAAAGAGUAGCGAUGUAGGAGAAAACAAAGGAACUGAAAGCUAGUUCAAAACAGACAACAUGUAACGAUGAUAUUUUUAAAAGCAUUUUCUUCCAACACUACAGAAUAUCAAAAUACAUGAAUCUAUUUUAUUUAAGUUUGUUGAAUUUUAAAUACCUUCUUCAAAACUAUGAUCUACAAAAUUUAGAUAAUAGAUCGCUUCUUCAUGAUAAAGAGGUAGCAAUAUGAGAAAACCUUGAUUCUUUUUUCAUUUUCUGUAUUUUAUUUAUAAAUAGACAUCACUUGGUUUUUUGGCAGUUAAUGUUGUCCUCUUUCAUUGACCACAAUAGCGGCAUGAUGAGUCCAGGGUCCAUUAAGUACAGUUUUUUAAUAACAAAGCAUAUUUAUAUAAAUGUUGGGUUUUUAUUUUAUUUAAAAGAAAGAAAAAUAAAAAGAACCAAGGUAUGGAAUUUUCUUGAUGUGCAGUCACAUUUGUAAGCCUAUAAAUUGAUGUAUACAUAUUUCAUUCUCCAAUAAAAUUUCUUUAUGCA